AUGAACAGAGCUUGGGCCCUCUUCAAGUCUCACCCGUAUGUGGGUAACGUGACGGGAUACACAACGCUGUUUGCCACAGCGGAUCUCAUUCAGCAAAGCAUGCUGGGAGGGAAACAAGGAACCACUACAACCAGUGGGGACACAUUUAUACGUGACACCACUGAAAGAGAUACGCUGGAUUCAGAGACAGCAGCGGCUCAUCGAGAGGAACCACGUGAGCCCGGAGAAGUUCGUUUCAGGUACACGGAGAAAGGCGACUGUGUCACAGGAGAGACCUCACUUAGUGCAGCGGUGAAAAAUGCCCCAUUUCUGGGCAUCGAUUGGGCUCAGACUGCCCGUGUGGCGUUGGUGGGAUUCUGUUUCCAUGCCAACUUCAACUACCAAUGGCUGAAGCUUCUUGAAAGGGCGUUUCCAGGGGGCGGAACCAAAAGAGUGACACUAAAAGUGUUUCUGGAUCAGCUCAUUGCUUCUCCUGCCACCAUCAGUGUUUUCUACGUCGGUUUGAGUGCCCUGGAAGGAAAGGAAGACCCAUUGGAAGACUGGAGAACCAAAUUCUGGACCUCGUACAAAACGGGAAUAGUGUACUGGUCGACAAUGCAGGCAGUGAAUUUCUCACUGAUCCCUCCUGUUACUCGUACUGUCUUUGUGGGAGGUGUCACCCUCGUCUGGACCAUUUUUCUGUGUCAUUUCCGACAGAAAAGAAGCAAUCCCAACCAACAGCAUACCUCAACUUAG